CCACCCCCAAAGCAAGCAGGACAUGGGGACUCUGGAAAGGAGAGCUGGUCCUUGCACAGUGCCUUCAUUUGGGACCUGGAACCCCCUUCUAAAACAUUAUUUUACAGAGAGCACCAGCUCAGUUCAUGAACUGAACUCAGACACCCAGAUUCAGAGUAAGAUCAUGUUUAUAGUACUGUGCCUCUAGAGCAAACAAGGAUUUAGCCAUAAAUCAAAGAGCUCCACCCUGCACAAGCAUACAACUACUAUCUGCUCUCAGUGACCUGGUCUGGACAAGGGGAGAAGAUGGGGCACAAGAUCAGGAAAAAUGUAUCCAACUUCUUCUUCGAGUAUGACACCCCAAGGAUGGUGCUGGUCCGGGACAAGAAAGUUGGGUUAACGUUUCGGCUCAUCCAGUUUGGAGUGCUGUGCUACAUUGUAGGAUGGGUGUUCUUGUAUGAAAAAGGCUACCAGAACGUGGAUGGCAUCAUUAGCUCUGUCUCCAUAAAAAUGAAAGGAUUAGCAAUCACCAACCUUGAACAUGUGGGCACAGAAAUUUGGGAUGCUGCUGACUAUGUAUUCCCACCCCAGGGGGACAGCUCUUUUGUAGUAAUGACUAACUUUAUAAUUACUCGAGAACAACAAAUGGGAUACUGUAAUGAGCGACCCGAAGUUGCAACUUGCAAAAGCGAUGAUGACUGCAAAAUUCAAAGCUCUCGGCAGAGUCAAGGCGAAAGCAAUGACCCUCCAUUAAGUGAUUCAGGUGUUAUGACUGGAAACUGCACGGCGUUCAAUGCUACCAUCAAGACGUGCCAAGUAUAUGCCUGGUGUCCCGUGGAGGAUGAUACCUAUGUCCCUAAGCCUCCAUUACUUGUAGAAGCCGAAAACUUUACUCUUUUUAUUAAAAACAGCAUCAGUUUCCCUAAUCAUCAUGUCAGCAGGCAGAAUUUAGUAGAAUCUGUAACCAGCUCAUAUCUUCAGACAUGUAUAUAUGACAAAGACAAAGAUCCAUUAUGUCCUGUGUUUCGAUUGGGAUACGUAGUUGCACAGACAGGACAGAAAUUCAGUGAUAUAGCAUACAAGGGUGGAACAGUUGUCAUUGUCAUAGACUGGCAUUGUGACCUAGACUGGCCUGCGAGGUUCUGCAAGCCUUCAUAUCAUUUUCACGGACGUCAUGAUGAAAACCCUGCUUCACGGGGCUUUAAUUUCAGGCAUGCAAGAUAUUUCAAGGAAGAUGGAAAAAACAAAAGAACAUUAUUUAAAGUAUUUGGCAUUCGGUUUGACGUCUUGGUUAAUGGAGAGGGAGGCAAGUUCGACAUCAUUCCAACAAUGACAACAAUUGGCUCAGGAAUUGGUAUUUUCGGAGUAGCUACCGUGGUAUGUGAUUUGAUGUUGUUACAUGUUCUCCCAAAAAGAAACUAUUAUAAAGAAAAGAAAUUCAAACAUGCAAAAAAUUAUCAAAAGAAGACAAUUAAUAUAGAUGAAACAUUGCCUCAGAAUAACAGCAGUCCAGAAGACAAUACUCAAGAUAUACAAAAUAAUAGUGGUUCUUUGAAAAUAUAUGACACAUGCUGGUCAACAGAUAAAGAAUCGCAGUGACAGAAGACUACUGCCAAAUAUCUUAUUCUGAUUAUUCAGAACUUAACAUAUCCUUCAACCCAAGAAAGGAGAACACCAUGUUCUACAUAUUGUUUGGUUUGGUUUCAAAGAAACCCAUUGAAGAGCAGAAUUAUUUUAUACAAUGUGAAACAGGACAAGACAAUCUGGAACUUGAUUAAAGACAGACAUUUGCAGGAACAAAUCAAUGCAUACAAACAUUUAAAUAACAGGGAUCAUAACACAAUUUAGUUGCAUAAAAUGAGAUAAUUGUCCUUAUUUUUUUUAUAAACAAUGAUACAUGAAUUGCACUUCUGUAUGAUAUGCAAUCACCAAGUUCUUAACAUGACACUCGUAUAUAACUAAUAUAAACCUCCCACCUAGUUUGGCAGAACAUGAACUAAGUGCCUUGUUGCCUUCAUGAUGACUGAAAACUGUUACACUGUAAUAAGUGGUUUAGUUUCUCCAUAGAUACAAGCUAUCCAAAUGUUAAACACAUGUACAGUAGAGGAACACAGCUGACCACCAAGCUAGGUUGAGUUCAUAUAUGACACCUAAUAUAUAUUUUGUGGUAUGAAAUUAUAUUACAGUGCUGAUGCAAUCUGUUUGAAUAUUCAGAGCUUUUAAUCCUGCUAGGGAUAGUGAAUAGUACUAUAGUGCCAUAGGAGGAUUAGUUUGGGAAACAUUCCUCGGAUAUAACAAGGCAAAACGUUGAGACAUUUUGUACGUCUGCAACAACUUUUGAACGGUAAAAAUAAUACUAUUGUCCUUAAUAUGGCUGGCAUUUGCUUAGAUUACCUUCUUGAGAGGUGUCAAAGUAGCAGCUAUACAGCAAGUUCCGACCUUUCAGUGCCCUAUAUAUACUCAAUCCAUCAGGUUACAGAAACACAUGGGAACCUAAAGGAAAACUCAAUGACCACUACACCAAGAGAGUGGUGGGGAUAGGUCAAGACAUAUCCCUGCCAUGUUCCGUCCUCUCUACCACUGAACAGCGUACUCCUUAUGCUCUCCAGGAAUUCAGUAAAAGCCCAGGUAGAAACAUGCACAUCCUGCGCAGCAAGGUUGUCAAUGGGAUCAAUGGGUGGGCAGCAAAGUUCUUUUUCCCAACACUUUCUGAGAGAGUUACAUUAGGGGCAUCACCCCUUCUGCUAGCAGAGUAGGUGGUGCCCAGCAGAGUGACCAUACAAUGGAAUAUUAUUUUAUUAUAGGCAGCUUCUAUGAAAAACUCCUGCCUGAUGUGAAGGUAAAGAAAAAAAAACACCAAUAUCCUCCUAUCCCUACCAUUAACUGUAGAGAUCUUAGACUACAGAGCCCCUCAAACGGGACUUCAGCCCCCAAAUCACAUCUCCAGCAACCUACGCCAUCAUGUAUUUCAUUACCUCAGUAAGUGCCUAUAUUAUCUGUGUUUGGCUCAUCUAGACAUGUGGCGCUGAAUUUGAUCACAGAAGGAAUAUUGAAGCAGUACAAUCUUUUCCAACAAUAUAGAUUUUCUAUAACAGUUACUCGCUACCUCCCUCAAAGUAAGCAAACGGGGUUAGAAACAUUUUACAAACAGGUUAUAAAUGUUUUAGCAUGUGAAACUAUGCAUUAUAUGUCAAAAUGACAACUGUACUGUCUCUGGCACUGGUAUUAAUAAAACAAACCAAUCAUAUCUGAGAUUACAAUCUGAGGUGGGUACAUUCUCAUUCCACUUUACGCAAUGUGUAUGUAAAGGGGCAUUGGAGGCACAAUGUUAUUUAUUUGAUUCACAGAAUAAACAAUGAAAAACUACAAA